AUGACUUCGUUUCUUAGUUUCUCCGCCAUUUCACCUCGCUCACCUGCUUUUUCCAGCGCUUCAUUUCGUCCUCGCUCCUUAUCUCCCCGAUUGUUCAAGUCUUGUGUUAAGUGCACUUAUGCUGCUGGAGCUCCAAUUGACAUUGUAGCUGAUAUCAAAUCCGAAAGGGUUGUAGUUCUUGGAGGCAACGGUUUCGUUGGCUCAGCUAUCUGCAAAGCAGCAAUCAACAACGGAAUUGAGGUUGUUAGUGUCAGCAGGUCUGGUCGUCCUAACUUCCAAGAUCCAUGGUUGGAUCAAGUUACAUGGGUUACUGGUGAUGUUUUUUAUUUGAAUUGGGAUGAAGUGCUUCUCGGUGCUACAGCCGUAGUUUCGACAAUUGGUGGUUUUGGAAACGAAGAACAGAUGAAAAGAAUCAACGGUGAAGCCAACGUUACCGCUGUGAAUGCUGCUAAAGAUUUCGGAGUUCUUAAGUUCGUCUUGAUCACGGUUCACGACUACAAUCUUCCACCAUUUAUCCUCUCCAGCGGAUAUUUCACCGGAAAACGUAGCGCAGAGGCAGAGCUUCUUUCCAAAUAUCCCAACUCCGGAGUUGUGCUGAGACCUGGUUUCAUAUACGGAAAACGAAAAGUGAACGGAUUCGAGAUCCCGCUUGAUCUGGUCGGAGAGCCACUAGACAAGAUAUAUGAUGCUGCUAAGAGUUUCAUUAGACCGUUGAGGUCUCUCCCUGCGUCUGAUCUCUUCUUGGCUCCACCGGUUAACGUCGAUGAUUUAGCACUCUCUGUGAUUAACGCCGUGAAAGAUGACGACUUCUUUGGCAUUUUCACUAUUGAGCAGAUCAAAGAAGCAGCUGCGAAAAUGAGAGAAUUUAGAUACUAA